UGUUUAUUUCUUCAAAGGAUUUUAUUAAAAUAACUAGCUAAAUGGUUAAUAAUAAAUCAACUGUAUGCAGUUUCUAGAAGGGCUAAGUGUUAGUAAAAUAAUAUAUAAAAAAUAAUGUAUGUAUAAAAAAAAAACGCAAGCACAUGCAAAUUUAUUCGUACGCAGAAAACUUCUCUGCAUUUGAAAAACUAGUUGGACCAUUACAAAAAAGUAAUAAACUAGCAAUUGAAAUAUUUGUGAAUAAAAGGUAUUAAAAAUAUUUCAAAGUAUUUGCCCGCCACUGAGAACAAUGGAGCUGCGAUCCAUCAUUCGACUUCUGCUUAUAGCUUUGCUCAGUUUAACCGGCUUGCAGCGGAUGCAGUGUGCCAAAAUCUUGGCAAUUUUUCCCUUCCCAGGACCUUCUCAAUACAUUUGCGUGCAGGCGUAUUUAAAAGCUUUAGCGUCGCGUGGGCAUCAAGUCACCUCUAUUUCAGCUUUUCCGCAGAAAGAGCCGCUACCAAAUUUUCGUGAUAUAUCCAUAGAGGAGGUGCUGAGUGGUUAUGAAGAAACCAUAGUGAAUGUAAUCGAAGAGGAGCGUAAUAAAUGGCAAGAAUUAAAUCUUUACUAUGAUUUCUUUACCGGUGGCACUUUAUCCGUGCUGAAAAGUACGCGCGUUCAAGAGUUGCUGCGUUCUGAUGAACAUUUUGAUCUCAUCAUAGUGGAGGCGUUACAAAUGGAUGCGAUCUAUACAUUAGCUCAUCACUACAAAGCACCAAUCAUUGGCAUAUCUACUUAUGGCACAGAUCCAACAAUCGAUGAGCUGGUGGGCAAUACCUCUCCCAUUUCUUAUGUGCCUUUGCCACUAUCUGAACUCAGCGAUCGCAUGCACUUUUGGCAACGUUUGCAGAAUUUAUGGCAUCACUUUUUGCAUCAACUACACAUGCACCUGUUCUACCUACCCAACCAGUUGACAAUCUAUAAACAAUAUUUCCCCAAUGGCACGGCUGAUAUUUUUGCUGUGCGUAAGAAUUUCUCAUUGAUUCUCUUGAAUCAGCAUUUCUCCAUUAGUUUUCCGCGUCCUUAUGUGCCGAAUGCCAUCGAAGUUGCUGGCAUGCAUAUUAGUCAUCAACCAAAGAAACUACCUGCCGAUAUGGAUAAUUUUAUAAGAGCCUCGAAAGAGGGCGCAAUCUAUUUCUCUUUGGGUUCGAAUGUAAAGAGUAAGAAUUUGUCGAAAGAAAAGCUUGCAAUUCUAAUGCGCGUUUUCGCUUCACUGCCUUACAACAUACUAUGGAAAUUCGAAGCUAUUGAGUUGCCGGAUAAGCCGAAGAAUGUCUACAUUAACCAAUGGUUUCCACAAUCGGACAUUCUGGCACAUCCCAAUGUAAAACUCUUCAUUUCACAUGCCGGUCUACUGAGCACAACUGAGGCGAUUCAUCACGCCAAACCCUUGGUUGGCAUGCCUGUUUUCUUCGACCAGUUUCUCAAUAUCGAGCGCAUUAAGCGAGCAGGUAUUGGCGUAUCUGUGAAUUAUAGAUCUUUCACAUAUGAUGAGUUGCGUAGCGCUAUACUGGAAGCGUUGGAAAAUCCGAAAUAUGCACAGAAAAUGCAGCAGAUGUCGCGGCGCUAUCACGAUCAACCGAUGAAGCCACUGGACAAGGCAAUUUACUGGACGGAGUAUGUGUUGCGGCAUCAGGGGGCGCCUCACAUGCGUGUAGCCGCACAAGAAUUGAAUUUUAUUCAGUAUCAUAGCUUGGAUACGCUAGCUGUGCUGGUUGGCGGCGCAUUUGGGGGCUUAGUGCUGCUAGGGUGGGCGAUUUAUCGAUGUAUGAGCGAAUUGCUUUUGAGUUAUGGCAGCGAGAAGAAGCAAAAGCGAAAUUGAUAACAAAUUGUAGUAGUAUAAAACGAAAUAUAAUGUUUUUAAAUUGUUAUCUGUGUAUGUUUAUUUCCAUUUUACAGCGUGCGACAAUCAAUUUUACACACAAAAAAAUUUAUAUACUCGACAGC